GGUUAGUAUAGAAUGGUUUUCGCGUUUAAUAUAUACAGAGCAAGGAUCAUAAUUUUUAUACAACGGGGUGCCGACACUAGUCCACCAUCCGUAAAUGACUGGCGAAUCAAUAACACGAAUACGCACGAAGGGUUAAGCCUACGGCGCGAUAUGAUUCAAUUACACUUAAUACACUUUUUGUAUAGCCUGAUUACUGCGGAACGGAAAUACCAAUCUCAGGACGUGCACCAUCUGUAAGGGGACCCACCCCAUAUUCUACUUUGGCUGAGUCCAAUUCAGUUACGAGAUAGAAUACUCAUCAAUACGCCAAAUCAGGAAACGGCCCAACUAGGGUCCCCGACAAUCCAGCCUCGAGUCUGGGAUGCCAUCUGGCCGAACCAUACUUGGUGCUUUAUUAUCUGAACCCCUUGGCGUAAGCUUCAAGUGAUACCUUCUCUCCACUGAGACUCAACACCCCCCCCUCUCUAUGUUAGUAAAAUCACCUGGAUAGCGAAAU